GUCUAAUUCUCGCGGGUAUGGCCGUAAAAACUAAUCAGCUAGAGAACAACUUAAAGGUUUCACGAGUUCGUUCUGUUUCGAUUCUGGGGGAAUUCUGUCUGUCUGACCCAUCUGGCAACGCUGUGUAUAUGUUUUGUGACGUGCUCCCGCCAGCCCGCCACUCGUGUUUGGCAGUGCCGUUUGAAUUUUUAUGUUUACUUUUUUAAGAGGUAGCUUUUUGUAACAAUUUUAUUUCCUGUUGAAGUUUUCGUGUUAUUUACGAGGAGCAACACAAAUUUUAUUUUAGAUCUGCCGAAAUCCAUAAAUUUACGUAUAGAAACACAUUCUAACUUAACAUACAUUACUUCUAGUUAGAACUGUUCUCUUAGCUUUAAUUUUAACACUUUGGUACAUAAUGGCCAAAGCCAAAGCAGCCCCCAAACGUAAAGCAGCAACCGGCUACAAACUAGCGGAGCACAUACCAGCUGGAGAAAUACUACAAGACAUUAGUAAAACGAAGUGGAAACUGGGGCCUUCCAUAGGGCAUGGAGGCUUUGGCGAAAUAUAUUCUGCCCAAGACUAUUCAAAAGGUGGCAGCAAGUAUCCCUUUGUCAUAAAAAUUGAACCCCAUGAAAAUGGACCCUUGUUUGUGGAAAUGCAUUUUUAUAUGAGGAAUGCCAGAUCUUCAGAUAUUGACCAGUUUAAAAAAGACCACAACUUGAAAACAUUUGGUAUGCCUAUUUACUAUGGUUCGGGAUCCCAUGAAUAUAAAGGAGUUAAAUACAGAUUUCUAGUGAUGGAAAAAUUUGGAGCAGAUAUAUGGAAGAAAUUUCUCGAGAACAACAGAAUAUUUCCGAAGUCUACAGUAUUCAAAAUUGCGAUUCAAAUAUUGGAUGUUCUAGAGUACAUUCAUAUUAAAGGAUAUGUCCAUGCUGACAUAAAGGGUGCAAAUAUUCUACUAGCUGAAACAAAAGAGACUCAGAACAAACAAGUCUACUUGGUAGAUUUUGGUUUAGCCACAAAAUAUACAACAGAGCCUGUUUUCAAGCCUAAUCCAAAGAAAGCACAUGAUGGAACUAUAGAAUACCUUAGUAGAGAUGCACAUCAAGGAGUAGUGCCAACCAGGAGAGGUGAUCUGGAAAUUUUGGCUUAUAAUCUAAUACAUUGGCUGGGUGGUAGUCUACCAUGGGACAAAAAGUUGUCUGACCCUAAAAUUGUACAAAAAAGCAAAGAAGAAUUUAUAGAUGCUAUUUCCAAAUCUGCGAAGAGUUGUUUUGGAAACAAAGCACCACCUGGUCCCCUAAUUGAUUAUCUGAACUACCUCAAAACACUGGAUUUCAACUCUACGCCCGACUACAAGAAAAUACGGAAAAUAUUCUUAUCUGGUAUAGACUCUAAUGACAAGUUAGAUGCACCAUUGAAAUUUUCUGAAACUAUGAAACCAGGUGCAAAAAGAAAAUCUAGAGAAGUGUCACCUCUAAAGUCAAAAUCACCAAUAGUGCGAAUGGCCGAGAGAACUGGCAUGAGAUCAUCUAAAAAUGUAGAUUAUACUAAUGGUGAUCAAGCCACAGAUAGUGAAAAUUCGGACAUAAUAAGUGGAAGCGAAGAUGAGCUGCCGACUGUUAAACCAUCAAAGAGGGGUAGGACUAAAAAUGAUGUCAGUGUCACUGAAAAUGGUGCUAUUGAAAAUGCAGAUACUGCAACUCCAAUAAAAUCGAGUAAGGGUAGAAAAAGGACUCAAAAGGUUGUGCAGGAAAAUGGUGAUGCAGAAAAAACUGUGAAAGGAGAAAACGUUAAAAAGCGUAAUAGAAAUGGUAAAGCCACGAACAAGGAAGACGAAAAGGUGGAAGAAGAUGAUGGUAUGCAAGGGUGGACCCAAGCAAUGAGGGAUAUCGCGCUAAAGAAGAAAGAACGCCAGGACAAGAAGCCUGUCAGUACAAGAUGUCGUGUUAAAUAAUUAUAACACCCUUAAAUAAUGUACUUUGUUCAUUACGUUGUCAACAGCCGUAUAAGUAUAAUUUUGUUAUUCAGCAAUUUUAUAACGGUUAAAUUCACUUUUUUGUAAGACAGUGAUGUGUACAAGAAUAAUUUAUAUACAUUUUUUUACAGGCCGGCUUAUUAUAGUGUCUCGUCCAAAUACCGUAUAUAACACACCUCCUAAUACAUAAUAAGUAAUGUUAUAUUCCCGGCAUUCCAGACAGUAGCUUCGGCCAACAAAGUUACCCACCUAUCAACACUGACUUUCUGUUGAAAAUUAAUGCAUAUGUGGACGAGGUUUGAAGUUGUCCACCUCUAAUUAGACACUUGUAUUAUUAACAAGCUUUCAAUCCAUUUUCAUUUAGAUAUAAGGUUUUUGUGAACGAAUAAGUUUUUUAUUUAUUUAUUUCAAUAACUGGAUAACUGCAUUUUGCCUACAACCGAAAGCAAACGAAUUCACUUCCGAAAUACCGACCUUAUUGCUGCCUCUCACCAGGGCACUAUGGCAACAUCGCCAACAACCCUAGAUUCAAAUCUAAUGUAUGCCCUGUUAAAUCAAACAUCAUCCGCGCGAUGUUCAAAUUAUAGCGUUUCUAUUGGCCAGUGCGACAUACAUGCCUGGGAAACAACGACAAAAUAGAAGCGACAAUCGAGUUCUGAUUGUUAUUACUCGGAGUUAGAGGUUUGAAUAGACCUUAGUGGCAUACAGAAAAUAUAGCAAUGUGUAUGUGAAAUACUCAUCUAAAUUUGAAAAGUUGAGGCAAAACACGUAGUGGCAAUUUUGGCGACAUCAGCAGACCGCUAUCACCGUAGGACACUGCCGUAUAUUUCAAUAAAUUAGUUUAGCUACGACUUCUGGCGGCAUAGCCUUGGCGUGAGGGCCGCAAUCGACAAUGCGCGAGAAAAACGCCGUGCGCAUAGGCUCCGAGUACUCCUUCCUUUAUAAAAUAUUUACUUUUGUAAGAUAUGACAUGUACGGAAAUGAAUGAGCUGGUGGAAUCUUUGUAUGCAUUAAAGUUUCAAAUAUACGUUUUCUACUAAA